AUGCCUGCCGUGUCCACCGGGGUCAAGGAGCUGUAUCUGUCCACCUCUCUGGGUGAACUCAAUAAAAAGGCUGAAAUUAAACCAGAUAAGACGAGCACCAGAAGUUAUGUUCAGAGUGCCUGCAAGAUCUUCAGGGCGGCAGAGGAAUGCCGCCUUGACAGAGAUGAGGAGAAGUCUUAUGUUCUGUACAUGAAAUAUUUAACAGUUUAUGACAUCAUCAAGAAAAGACCAGACUUCAAGCAGCAACCGGACUAUUUCAUGACCAUGCUGGGGCCAAACAGUUUUAAGAAAGCCAUUGAAGAAGCUGAGAAGCUCUCCGAAAGCCUUAAACUCAGGUAUGAGGAAGUUGAGGUCCGAAAAAAGCUUGAGGAGAAGGAGAGACAAGAGGAGAAGAAAAGAAAGGAGGAAAUAACAGAGAAAGAUGCUGGUCGAGGCUCUCCGAAAACAAACAAGAAGGACAGUAAAAAGGUAAAAGGUGAACAGAAUGAACUGAAGAAUGCAACCUCAAAAGCUGCGGUGCCAGCUGGUGGGAUCACAGCUGAGAAACUUUUCCACAUGAUGAAGGACCAGACGAUCACGAUAAUCGUCAUGGACACCCGCAGCCACAAGGACUUUGAAGAGUCUCACAUUCAGGUCCCAGCCCAGACCUGCAUCUCUGUGCCUGAGGAGGCCAUCAGCCCUGGAAUCACUGUGAAUCAAAUCGAGGCGAAACUGCCAGACGUGUCCAAAGAGCACUGGAGGCGGCGGGGAUUUGUGGAUUAUAUAGUCCUGCUGGACUGGUUCAAUUCUGUCACUGACCUUAAACUGGGCACCACCUUGCAGAGCCUCAAAGAUGCCCUCUUUAAGUGGGACAGCAUCACCAUCCUGCGCAGUGAGCCUCUGGUGCUGGAGGGAGGCUACGAGAACUGGCUGUUGUUUUACCCCAUGUACACAACCAACGCUAAAGUUCGGGCCCCUAGACAGAAUAUCAUCAACACCCUCCCUCAGUUGAACUUCAGCUACCCAUCCCUCGAGGAACCAAAGCCUCCGACCCCACCUCUCCCAGAGCCUACGGUCACACCUGAGCCUCAGGAAGCCUCUGCCCCUGUGCUGAUGAACGGGGUUGCACCAGCAGAGCCCCCAUCAUCUAAGACUUCCAUGGUUGAUUACAAGGUCCCAGACACGGUUGAUUUCCCCGUCACAGCCUCCACAAAUUCUGGGCUUGACCCGAGCAAGAAGGGACCUGCAGCAGGAGCAUCCAGCCAGUCACCUGUACCAGCCAAGACCUUCCCACAGUUUGAUCGUACCAAGAAACCCUCUGUCCGGGUGACAGACGAGCCAAAACCCAGCCUGAACGGUUCCGCGAAGGACUCGCCUCAGAACGGCCCUGUUGUCCCCGAUCGCGCAGUCAAACCAUCCUUCCCCUCCAACUCCUCUCUGUCUAAAGAAGAACAGAGUCAGAUCCACUCUGAGGCAGUGGCAGUGAUGGAGAAGGCAAAGCUAGAGCAGGAGAAACGAAACCAGGAACGCCGUUUGGAGGAGGAGAGACGGGAGAGGGAACAGAAGGAGAAGGAGUUGAAAGAGAGGCAAGAAAGGGAGGAGAGUGAGAAGAGGCGAAAGGAGGAGGAAGAGAAAGGACAUCAGGACAAGAAGAAGCUCGAGAGGCAGAAGGCAGAAGAAGAGGAGGAUAAAGGGAACAGGGUGUGGGAGGAGAAAGAGAGGAGGGGAAAAGAGCAGAGCUCUGACACACCCUCGAAGAGUAUGUCUCUGGACUCGCCGGCUCCCAACCAUAUUGUUAGUGAAAUGAAGAGGGAGCCCCUGACCAGAGCGAGAAGCGAGGAGAUGGGCAGGAGUGUACCAGGCCUUCCAGUCGGUUGGAUGAAGUUCCUCGACACAGUGACAGGGACCUACCGAUACUACCACUCCCCAACCAAUCGCGUCCACCUUUACCCUCCUGAGGUCACCGUUCCACAGACCCCACCCUCCACACCACCGACAGUCAAACAGAAACCACCGCAGCCAGCUGAACCCGAUGCCAACCAUGAACAAGAGCGGGAGCAGUCUAAACUGAAACGCUCAUACUCCUCCCCUGAUAUCAGUCAGGACCUGAGAGAGGAGGCCCAGAAGAAGGCCACGGCCCCGACCACUGCUGCUGUCAUACCCACCAUCAACAGAGACACCAAGCCUGCCACCAAAGUCUAUUCUAAAGUGGAGAUUGCACGGCCGUCAGCUGCCAAAAUUCGCAACCUGAAUCCUGCGUUUGGAGGUCUGGGUGCAUCACUGACUGGCCUCCGUAACCUGGGAAACACAUGCUACAUGAACUCCAUCCUGCAAUGUCUGUGUAACAGCCCCGGCAUGGCUGAGUACUUCAACAACAAUUACUACAUGGAGGACAUCAACAGAUACAACAUCCUUGGCCAUAAAGGGGAGGUGGCGGAGGAGUUUGGCGUCAUCAUGAAAGCCCUGUGGGCCGGUCUGUACAAGUGCAUCAGCCCGCGGGACUUCAAGAUCACCAUAGGCAAGAUCAACGAGCAGUUUGCUGGCUAUGACCAGCAGGACUCCCAGGAGCUGCUGCUGUUUCUUAUGGAUGGGCUCCACGAGGACCUCAACAAGGCAGACAACAGGAAGCGGUACAAAGAGGAGGAAAACGACCAUCUGGAUGAUCAGACGGCAGCCGACCUGGCCUGGAGCAAACACAAGAUGCUGAACGAGUCCAUCAUCGUAGCGUUGUUCCAGGGCCAGUUCAAGUCCACACUGCAGUGUCUGACCUGCCACCGCAAGUCACGGACUUUCGAAACCUUCAUGUACCUGUCGCUGCCUCUGGCCUCCACCAGCAAGUGUUCCCUGCAGGAUUGUCUGAGACUGUUCUCGAAGGAGGAGAAGCUGACUGACAACAAUAAGGUGUUCUGCAGACACUGUAAGGCCCACAGAGAUUCCACCAAGAAGCUGGAGAUCUGGAAGGUUCCACCCAUCGUCCUGGUGCACUUAAAACGAUUCUCCUAUGAGGGUCGAUGGAAGCAGAAGCUGCAGACAUCCGUCGACUUCUCUUUAGAUAAUCUGGACCUGUCCCAAUACGUCAUUGGACCCAAACAGAACCUGAAGAGAUACAGCCUUUAUGGAGUUUCUAACCACUACGGUGGUUUGGACGGUGGCCAUUACACAGCCUACUGUAAGAACAGCCACAAACAGCGCUGGUACAAGUUCGAUGACCAUGAGGUGUCCGAAAUCUCCACCUCCUCCGUCAAGUCCUCGGCGGCCUACAUCCUGUUCUACUCCGCCCUGUGAUGAAGCUGUGGGACACCAAGAGAGAACACUCCACCAGGGGCAGCAACGCUCAAGCCUAGAGGUUUCUUUUUCUUUUCAAAAUCACAGCUCAGAGGACCUGCCGCACUUAGUCGCGGGUUGACUAGUCGUGUUUUUGCACGUGAGGACGUUGUGGAGCGACUGGCUGUGAGAGCCCGUCUGUCGCGUGUCGGAGGAAGGCACAGGCACACUGUGCGAUGCUUCAGCUACUAGAGGACACUAUACCUAAAACCUGCCGUCUGUUCGUAUUACUGAUUAAUCUAGAGACUAUGAUUUACUUCUGCUCUGAUUUCUAGACCUCGAUGGUUGUGUUGUAGGGCUGACAGCUGGCUCAGACGCUCUUCACUGUCUUUUCUGUUGCCGUAUCGCAGAACAGCUUUCUCGUACUGUGUGAACACAAGGGUUAACAGUUAGACGCCAUGUACAUACUUACCAAUGCUGAUGUUGCACAUUGAAACAUGUAAAUACUCGAGGACAAGGUGUUUAUCUGUUAAGUGACCAAAUUAUUCUUUUUUCUUUUUUCUUGAAAGUAGCAGCCAUCAUAGCAUCAUCAUAAUCAUCCAUGAGUUCUAGGGGUUUAACUCUAUAGCCUUCUAAUAUUUAACAUGAUCUCACAAUGGAUGGAAGAGACUGUGACUGUUGAAUUUUGCAUUCUUUCUAAAGAGAGAAUUGAGAUUGUUCAUAUUAGCCACAUUCUUGCACUUACACAAUAUGCAAUCAGUCUAAGUUGUUUCUGUAGAACAUGUGUUGAACAGCAGACGUUAACACUCGACUCAGAAAGCUUUAAAACGAGACGGAUGCUGAGAUCUUGUCCGCCGCGCUCCGCUCAGCCGAUGACAGAACCUGCUUCUAUAAAGAUUGUUGUUGAAUUCACUCUGUUAAACAUACUUAACUCUUUACAUUCUUAUACUCAAACCCAAAAACUAUUUAGAGGAAAAAUUACCGGACUUCCUUCUCGGCUGGUUUUGAGGGAACUGUGAUCUGAUUAAUUUGAUUUCUGUGUUCAGUACUGACCCGGAAGAAUAUGAAGAUUUGUGAAAUUGACCUUAAUCACUUCCACGAGUGCGUUAGUGUCGACAUUUGCUGCCUGACUUGCUGACUGACCCACAGACUGACGAGAGCCAGCACAAAGUAUACUGGUAAUGUUUGUUUCUGAAUGGACCAUGGAGAUGUGAGGUGGCAGUUUUAUGGCCUGGCAUGAGAUCAUAAUCUGUUUUCUUUAUACUUGUACAUGUUGAUUUUAUUUCUUAAUGCUCUUUAAAAAAAUAUAUUUGUUUCAGAUAUAACGAUUAUAUUAACCUCAAACAACUCAUAUGACUAUUUAUUAAAACUGCUUCAAAUUAA